UCAAGCAAAUACACAGGAUGUGGAGCAACAGCUGCCGCUUUAUUCCUGCUCUCCUGCGGAACCUUGGUGGUUUUUUUACUUGAUAAUUUUAGAGUUCAAAAUAAACAUCAGUAAAAUGAGAUUGGAAAAUUAUGACACACAAUCUUCACUCCCUUUUCCUUCCAUACACGCGCACGUGCAUUCACAGUCACCUUGUUUACAGAGGAAAGAUCAACCCUUGGCUAGUUUUCUGUUAUGAAUUUCAAACACACAAAGUAUCUGAGUAAACCAGCAAGCACCCUCCCAGCCCAGUUAUCUUUACUGAAGAAGGGAGAGGUUUACCCCGAACACUUCAGAUUGGGGGAAGGGCUCUCUGAGGGCAUUUUGUACAUUUACCAUUUUUAGGUAAAAUCAUGCUUUUAUUUUCUCCAGGUCUAAUACUAGCUGUCAUUUGCUGCUGUUUGUAUUUUGGUGAGGAAAAUCCUGCUAAAGUUUGAGGACAUGAUGGGGAGGUAAUUGGUCCAUUACCCUUCACAUGUUAAAAAAAAAAAAGGAUUACAUUGAUGUUAUUUUUGUUUCCUACUUACAUCCAGGCUUGCUCCCACCUCACCUUCGAUGUGCUUAAGCUCAAAAUUUACCUUGGUUUAAAAUAUGCUGUCUGGUUGAGGUAUCUACAAAUGUUACCCUAUUCCCUUUUCCAGUAGCAUUUAAUUUACAAAAGGUAAUUCUGAAGCUGUGAUUUUGCAAGAACAUAAGAAUGUAAAUGAAGCCACAUUAAUUUCCAGCUUAACAGGAACAUGAGGGGUAAGAGGGAAGCAGUGCUUGCUAAAUAGAAAAAGCAAAAGUAUGGAGAAACAAUAAUUUUGCAUUCCCUUUAAGGACCCCAUCUGACUCCUAGGGCUGGCUCCAGGCACCAGAGCAGGAAGCAGGUGCUUGGAGUGGCCAAUGGAAAGGGGCGGCAUGUCCGGGUCUUCGGUGACAAUUUGGCGGCGGGUCCCUCAUUCUCUCUUCGGGGGUAGGACCGGCUGCCGAAUUGCUGCCGAAGAAUGAAGCGGCACGGUAGAGCAGCUGCCGAAGUGUGGCCAAUCGUGGCUUUUUUCUUUUCCCCCCUCUUUGCAGCUUGGGGUGGCAAAAAAGCUGGAGCCGGCCCUGCUGACUCCUAUGGAAAGGCGCUUGUUAACCAUAAAUAAUGUGGUAGAUUGGAAUGGUCACUGCACACUAUCUCUUGAAUUGAAAUAUUUUGGCAUCUGCCUCUCCCCUUUUAGGUUGGUGCUGCGGUGGAGUGAAUGUCUUCGUGGCAAAAUUGUUACCUUUUAUAUUGUUGUGAAAAGAUGGCAUGAGCCUCAAGAAUGGUCAGAAUCACCUGUGUCAAUAUUUGGGGUGAAAAAGAAGAACUAUAGUUUUUUGUCAGAUUGUGGUGGGUGCAGUCCGUAUACAGCUAUGCCAGUUCUCAAUUUGUUUUUCUGUUAAGGUAUGGAACUAAAGAGUCAUUCUGGCUUCUAUGUAGCAGGGAAUUGAUAAUGUUGAGUGUGGUGCAAGAGGCAUUUGAGGCCUCUUUUCACAAGUGAUUUCUGAAGCAAGUUCUGCUUCCUUAUGUCUCAGUUGAUUAGGGUGGCAACUUCCAGUCCACUCUGUCCUUCCUACGUCUGCCAAUUUCCAGUUGCUCUGGCGUAGGAUUUAGCCUAGCAAAAAAGGUGUUGUAAAAGGAAAUCUGAAUCUGGGUUAGCCUCCCUGCUUGAUUUAAGAAUGUAUUGAAUUACAUAUAGAAGGAAAAUGGCUCUAAGGAGAUCCUGUAACAAAAAACUUUUGAAUCUGAAAUCUAAGACCAAAAAACUCACCUAAUUCACUACAUCUUCAGAGCAUAGAGAACGGUACUGUGGUGAUUAAAUACUCAUAUUGUGUAUGGAUGGCUUUCUGAAUUACAGAGCUUCUCUGAACAGAAAUUACUCACUUCCUUGCAGUUUAGAUGUUCAAUCUUCAUACCAGUUUUAAAAAAAAAAUUCUGGACCCACUGAGAGAGAACAUAAUGAAACGGUUCCAUCCCCAGUAAACGGGAAUGCUCUCCUUUUAUAUAAGAUUCAUUCUUUCCCAAGUCUCUUAUCAUUGAGGUGCUUGGGGCAGCCUAGAUCAAAAAUGUGCAUUUUUUCUCUGCUCUUUGAUCCUCUUUCUUGAGCAUGUUUGAGGGAAGAGAGAGGGGCAGGAAAAUGCCUAUGUUCAGGUUAAAUCUGAUGCGUGCCUGUGAUUUAGAAGAUGCUUCUUGGUAGACAAUUGUGAGCUGUGGGGGUGGGCAUCAUGUGUGGUCUUCAUUGUAAAUCUACUUUUAUAGUUUUAUGUCCAGAAAACAAAGAUGCCAAGAAAUUGCUCUGGCUCGAUUUCAGAGCAUGUUAAACCCUAAAGUUGGAGGCCCGUGUUGUUUGAUGCGAGCCCUAAUAAAACUGCCCCCAACACAGGAGGGUAAACUAUCAAACCAUAUGCCUGUUUUUGGUGUGGCUUCUGUAAUGAGUUGUGUUGUAUUCUCAUUGCCAGUGUGACAUGGGAUGGACACCCCAAAGGUAAGCAUUUCAAACAUAGUCCCGAAUCCUGUGGGGCACUCAGCCAACAACCACUAGAGUGCACUCACCAAAUUGGGAGGGGUAACUGAUUUCCAACGGUUCAGCUGUGCAUGCACUGGGGGAGGAAUUUUUAGGCACAAAGUUUAGAGGGUGGAGCUGUUCCUGACUUCAGGAGGGAGGUCUGCCGUGCGUCUCUGCAGAGUGUUUGCACUCUGUGUGUGUCUGCGUUCUCAUAGGAAGGGAUUUGUGAUCUGACUGGACAAAGUUUCAUUAUACUAGUGAAGUUCCCAAGCCUUUUCUACUUUGAAGAGUUUAAGAAUUCCUUCUGACACACUCUUCCUGGAGGAAGAAAUGCCCCAUCACAGCGUUCUUCGCCUGGUCCUGCUGAUGCUCUCUGGAGUUGUGGUCCCUGCUGUUCUAACAGCAGAGUAUCCCCAAGGACCUGCCCCCACGCUGUGGAACGAGCCGCCGGAGCUGCCGUCAGGAGGGGGCCCCUUUGAUGCUGCCACCACCAUGGGUCGCUUCUCGGACUCUACAGCCUUCCCCCCGUACACCUCGGAGUAUGAGCCUGAGGACACCACCCACCUGCACCGUCUGGAUGAUAACGGGUCUCUGGGUCCUGGAGCCAUCAGUGCCAUCGUAAUCGCUGCUCUCCUAGGCACGUCUGUGAUUGUGGCCCUGAUCGUCAUCACCCUGCGAAAAUUCUCUGCCUCCUGA